AUGGCCACCAAAUCGACCGAGUUGGCGAUAGCCAAGUCUCCUUCUGCCAACCACAUCGAAAAGUCUGGUGCCGACGUUGACGAGGCACUCAAGGUCACCGUCGACCAACCAGACCUCACACCUAAGCAACAGUACCAACGUCUCUGGGCCAACCUCAAGAAAGAUAAGCGAUAUGUGUUCUGGGCUCUGUACAUCAUGUCCCUCGUCUUCGGAUGGGGGUAUGAUUCUGGUCUGUCAGGCGUAGCUAUCGCCUUCCCUGAAUUCCGCGAGGCCUAUGGCAACUACUACGCGGCAGGAGACCAGUUCGUUAUUCCUGCCCUUUGGCAGUCGCUCUGGAACGCGGCAAGUACGAUCGGUCAAGUGCUUGGCGCUUUCCUCACCGGUCAGUUCGCCGACUAUACCGGCCGAAAGGCCGUUCUCUGGACCGCCGUUAUUCUAUCCUGGGCGGCGUCCUUUGCCCUCGUCUUUGCCCCUAGUCUCCCUAUCCUUUUCGUCUCGAAGCUCCUCUUGGGACUGUCCGUCGGCUUGUCGACAGCCACGCCUCCUCUAUACGUUACCGAGAACGCCCCGGCCGCCCUCCGAAGUACACUCAGCUCACUCACCAACGUCGUUAUUGUUCUUGGCUUUUUCCUUUCCUCAAUAACUGGGUGGGGCUCGUCGAAGAUUGACGGACCCUGGAGUUACCGCCUGGCGUUCGUCAUGACCUUCCUCGUCCCGACAUUAUUCGCCAUCGGACUGCCGUUCCUACCAGAGUCGCCGGUCUGGUACGUCAAGAAGGACAGAGACGACGACGCCAGAAAGGCGAUUCUAAAGCUUUACGGCAAGAACAUUGACGUAGAAGAGCGGCUCCACUUUAUCAAGUCCGAGUUGGAGACCGAAGCGGGCGAAAACACCGCCGCCAGCCAAACCAGCUGGAAAGCCAUCUUCACGAAAGAACACCGAUACAGAACUCUCGUUGCUGUGCUCGGUUUGCAAGGGCAAAAUUGGAGUGGCGGGUACUUUGCGAACACAUACCAGACAUACUACUUCGAACUCAUCGGCCAAUCGGAUCCCUUCGGACUUACUGCGAUCUCUUCGACACUGCAAUUCCUCUCUAACUGCGUCGCUGUCUGCGUUUCUGAUGUUCUUCCUCGUCGGAAGUCCCUCGUUGGGGGUGGCGCACUGCUAUGCUGCUGGUCGAUCAUCAUCGGUGGCACGUCUCUCGCUGGGACGGCCAACAAGGCAGCAAACAUGGCUCUGCUCGCUUUCAUGAUUACAUGGUCCAUGCUCUACACUGCUACAGUCGGAUGCUUCGGUUGGGCAGUCGCUCAAGAGACUGCGUCUCAAGCGACGAGACCCAAGACGAUCGCCUUCACGCUCGUAUGUCAGCAGCUCACAGCCCUCUUGCUGUCGUCGGUCUUCCCCUACUUUAUAAACCCGGAUCAGCUCAACUGGGGCGGAAAAGUCAUGUUCCUCUUCGUCGGCGCCGAAGUAUUCAUCCUCGCCUUGCUGUUCUGGUUCCAGCCAGAGACGAAGAACAGGACCUACCAGGACAUCGACUUCCUCUACGCGAAUCGCGUCCCUCCCCGAAAGUUCGACAAUUACGUCGUCGCGGACGGUGUUCUUAUUGAGAAGGCACGUGCUUGA